AGGGCUGGCCGCUCCGCCCCCUCGGCUCCUCCGUGGCUCCGCGGGCGAGUGGGAGGGCACCCGGCGCGCAGGGAGGAGAGCCGAGCGGAUCGCCGCGCGCCCCGCUGCGCCCCCGUGACUCCCGUGUCCCCCACGCCAGCCGCAGCGCAGCCUUCCGCCUUUCAGGCCUCUAUGCUCCAGGCCUCAAUGAGGAGCCCAAACAUGGAGACUUUCAAGCAGCAAAAGGUGGAAGACUUUUACGACAUUGGAGAGGAGCUGGGAAGCGGCCAGUUUGCCAUCGUGAAGAAGUGCCGGGAGAAGAGCACUGGGCUGGAGUACGCAGCCAAGUUCAUCAAGAAGCGGCAGAGCCGGGCCAGCCGGCGGGGCGUGAGCCGGGAGGAGAUCGAGCGGGAGGUGAGCAUCCUGCGGCAGGUGCUGCACCCCAACGUCAUCACGCUGCACGACGUCUUCGAGAACCGCACCGACGUGGUGCUCAUCCUGGAGCUAGUUUCUGGAGGAGAGCUAUUUGACUUCCUGGCCCAGAAGGAGUCGCUGAGUGAGGAGGAGGCCACCAGCUUCAUUAAGCAGAUUUUGGAUGGGGUGAACUACCUUCACGCCAAGAAAAUUGCUCACUUUGAUCUCAAGCCAGAAAACAUUAUGUUGUUAGACAAGAAUAUUCCCAUUCCACACAUCAAGCUGAUUGACUUUGGCCUGGCUCACGAAAUAGAAGAUGGAGUUGAAUUUAAGAACAUUUUUGGCACACCAGAAUUUGUUGCUCCAGAAAUUGUGAACUAUGAGCCCCUGGGCCUGGAGGCUGACAUGUGGAGCAUAGGCGUCAUCACCUACAUCCUCCUAAGUGGAGCAUCCCCAUUCCUGGGAGACACAAAGCAGGAAACACUGGCAAAUAUCACGGCAGUGAGUUACGACUUUGAUGAGGAAUUCUUCAGUCAGACCAGCGAGUUGGCCAAGGACUUCAUUCGGAAGCUUCUGGUUAAAGAGACUCGGAAACGACUCACAAUCCAAGAGGCUCUCAGGCACCCCUGGAUCACGUCCAAAGGAGAAGUCAGAGCCCCGGAACAGCGGAAGACAGAGCCCACCCAGCUGAAGACCAAGCGCCUGAGAGAGUACACCCUCAAAUGCCACUCAAGCAUGCCCCCCAACAACACCUAUGUCAACUUUGAGCGUUUUGCUCGUGUGGUAGAGGACGUGGCUUGGGUAGACCAGGGAUGCUGUGUCCUAGCAGAGGCCCAUGACACCAUCCAGGAUGAUGUGGAGGCCCUGGUCUCCAUAUUCAAUGAGAAGGAAGCUUGGUACCGAGAAGAGAGAGAAAGCAUCCGGCACAACCUGUCCCAGCUCAGGUAUGAGUUCCGCAAAGUGGAGUCCUUGAAGAAGCUCCUGAGAGAAGACAUCCAGGCCACAGGGUCCAGCCUUGGAAGCAUGACCAGGAAAUUAGACCAUCUGCAGAUGCAGUAUGAAGCUCUGAGGCAAGAACUCUCAGCAGACCUACAGUGGAUCCAGGAACGGGUGGGCAGCUUCCAGCUGGAGAGUGGGAGCACAGAUGGCCUGGGCUCCAUGUUCCACUGGGAUGCCAGUGAGUCCCUAGUGGAACUGCUCAACAGAUUAGGCAGCAAGGAAGUCUUGGCCAGCUUGAAGCUCUGAGCACCAGAAUCUAGUCAGUAAUGCAUCCUGGGUGGCUUGCAGAAGCAUGUUUCCAAUUGCCCUGGUGGGCAUUGGCUAGAAUUAUCCUGCAGGGAUGUGUGUUUGUAGCAUAGCUCCACCCUCCUUGACAGAAUCCAGAAUCAUGGAGGCUCUGGGUAGUUAUUCAUUUUGCACCUCCUCUCACCAACCCAGUUUUCUGGGAGUGGGCUGGCAGGGCAGCCAAGCUUUUUAAACAAUUAAGAAUGAAUACCCUUCAACGUAUCCUUCUCCAGAGGAUGGAAGGCGAGCCCCUGGGGAGAUGUUUGAUAACUUAUUUGUAAUAAUGGAUAUGUACACACCUCACUUCCUGCCUAUAUGCCUUAUGAAUUGUAGAUCUUGGGUAAUAUCUGAGUUAAGUAGGGAUAACACUAAGUUAGCUCGGUGAUUUCCUGCUGCAAAAGGAGGGAUUUAAAAUGCAUAGAGAAAAUAUUACUUUUCAUUUGCAUUGACAUCACUUACCAAACACUUCUGUCUUUGAUCCUUAAAAGAACUCUGUGAGACAGGAAGGUGGAUGGUAUUACUAUUGUUGUUAGUAUUAUUUUAUGUAACCGAUGAGGAAAUUGACUCAAAGAGAAAAUGGCUUACUCAGGGUCAUUUAUAGCUAGUUGAUACAGAUGAAACAGAAACUCAGGAUGCCUGACUCUAAGAUGAGGUAUAUGGAGAGAAAUUGUGAGGCUUUGCUAUAAAUAUCCACCAUGAUACUAAAGUUCGGAUCUCAGAGGUAAAGUAAGCAACUUCAUGUAUUCUGCCAGGUAAAGGUGGAUUGCGUCAUAAUGUCACAUGACUGUCCCCAGCAGUGUGCCCUAGCAGGUGCAGUUCAUUGUUCCUCUCCAGCCCUAUUCCUGUCUGAAGAUCAGCCUGCAGAGCAGGAGCGAAGGGGCAGCAUCUCACCCUUUCCAGCUUUCCCCACUCUGGCUAAGGGCCCCAACCUUGUGCUGGGAAUGAAGACCAAAAGAGACUCAACAAACAGGUUAUUUUUCUUAUGCACUUAGGGCACUAGGCCCUGAAAAGUCUGAGACAAUCUAUGGGAGUUUUUGAAGAAGGUGGACAUUAAGACUGGGAAGCACAAGGCUCAGUGGUCCUUUCUUGACCCGAGCUUCGGGAGAACUGUGUCAAGAACUGUGAUCUCACCACCCUUUUCCUGGAACGGGGACCAGUCAGUGAGCUCACAUAGACAGAGCAUGGAGUGUGGCCCCGGCGCUGUGCUAGAAGCUUGAGAUGGGGGAACAGAUGUGUAGGUUCAAAGUGUCUUCACAGACUCACAAAACACCCUUGUCAGAUAGGUGGGGUAAACGUUAUUCUCAAUGUGGAGAUGAGGAAACAGAGAGGAUGUGAUUUGCCCAAGGUCAUAAUACUGGCAAAAGUGGAGGUCUCCUGAUGAUAAGUCUGUUCUUUCUGCUUCCGCUAACAGGCGUUUUUUACUCUCUGCUUCUGGGGCAAGUUAUACCCAUAUUCAUCCACCCAUCCAUUCGCAAAUAAUUUCUGAGCACCUACCAACUGCCAGGCGCUUGACUUGGCACUGGGGAUACACAGUUGAGUGAAGACAGGCAUAUUUCCUUCUUUAAUGGAGUUUGCAGUCCAGUGAAGGAUUCCAACAUUAAUCAAGAACAUUCUAGAAAUGUAGAACUGCAGCUGGGGGGUUUGAUCUAGUCAGGGAAGGUUUGAAGUGGUUACGCUGGAGCUGAGAUCAAGAAGCAACCCAGGGAGAAAGAAUUGUUCCCAGCUGCCAUGCCAGGCUCUAUGAUGGGAGGGGGAGGGGGAGGCUGAAAUUGCAGAGACAGAAAGAAAGCUGGAGAGGGGAGAAUAAGAAUAUUAUGGUGUAGAUGCAGCUGGAGAGGAGGCAGGAUCAGCAGGGCUUUGCCAUAUUAAAGAACUCUGCCUCUAUCCCAAGAGUCAUGGGGAGCCAUAAUAGGUGUCGGGCUAUACAACAGUCCGAUAUAUGCUGAGGGGGAUAUGGCCAGUGAGCAGCACAGAUGGGAAGUAGUUUAGGAUGAGACAUGAGAUUCCAUGAAACCAUUUCUUCAAAAUCCUACCUCCUUUUCUAUUAGCAUGCUAGAUCAUUUCAAAUAUAAUAUAUAUUAUUAAUUUUUUUCAUCAACUAUAAGAAACCGUAUUUUUCUCUAAUAUAAGAAGAACCGUUAUUUUAUGUACCAAAAAUAAGAAAGAUAAAAUGCCCAAGAUGGGAAAUCCAAUAGGAGACUCCCCCACAUACAAAGUUGAGACACCCUCACUGAGAGGGUAAAUGAGAAAUAAAGCCACUCUGAGAAAAGGAAAGCAAGGGAGUAUGUAUGUCCUAACCUUGACACUAGGUCAUAGAAUGAAAAAUCCUCCUCUGAGAACAGGAGCCCCAUGUUGGUGGUCCUCAUACAGGUUUGCUUUCUGAACUUCACAAUCAGUGUGACCCAAAAGAACCUCAAGCAGAGAAUCUAAUGUCAAACAGUCUGAGGCUGGGAGGCCCCUGAUGGCUGGCAGAAGCAGCGUGAUCAUCUCUCAGAACAUCUACCUUUGCUUCAGGCCAAUAGUGAUGAUAUGAUGCCAUUGACUGGAAGAAAAGUCUUGAUAUCAGAGAGCCAAAAAAUGUGCAUCUUGGAAUCAACAGAAGAUGGCCCAGCUGUUUCCUACUCCCUGCUUGGAAGAAUUGGUACAUAUGGUCCAUCUACAAUCUCUCCAAGAACUUACCUGCCCUAUCAUGGGGCGUGAUGUACUCAUUUGGCAUAAGACACUACAAAUAUCAAAGGUCUCUUUGGCCAUGCUAACAGACCUUGAAUACAGCCAGGUUUCCUAAGGAAAGGAAGCUCCUAAAUGAACAACUCAAGAGAAACUUUCUUGUGAAGAUAGAAAUAAAAUGCAAUAAAGGA